AUGCCGAAACAGGAGUGCGCGGCCCCUGCUGGGUACAAAGGGAUUCGGGUGAAGUUCACAGCGGAGCAGAGUUCUCAGCACUACUUGUAUGCCAGAGAGCACAAAGUUAGGGGCCAAGCGGAUACGACGCAAGUGCAGAAUCGUACUUUAUUUGUCAUUAACAUUCCGGCAUACUGCACAGAGAAAUAUUUAUCCAGAAUAUUCAGUUGUUGCGGUCCUGUGGAGUCUGUGGAAGUGCUUGACAAGCUCACGCCACCGGUAAAGGAUCAUGCAGUGUCAAAAUACUUUCACCAGAAUGCACGAAAGGGAUAUAAAGUGGCUUAUGUGGUGUUUAAGAAACCCUCAGGACUUAGUGAGUUUAAUUCCCUUACAUUCUCCACCCCGUUGGUUUUAUCUGGAGAGGAUCAUUUUUUAAAAACUGGAAUCCAAGAAUGGAUAGAAAGUUAUGAGAUGUCCCUCAUCAAUGUUGCUGAACUCCAGGCUGAAGUCGAACAGUACAUGCAGGAAUAUGAUAAGAAAGUUGAAGAGAAAGAAGAAAAAGAAAAGGAAGAAGGGGAGCCGGACGAGGAAGGCUGGGUGACGGUUACAAGGAAAGGGCGGCGUCCAGGUGUAGCGAGGACCGAAACGGUCACUAUUAAUGUGACGGAAAAGGAAAAGAAGAAGAGAGCUCAGAAGGAACUGUUGAAUUUCUAUGCCUGGCAGAAUCGUAACAGCAAAAAAGAAUCCUUGUCUGAGCUACGUAGAAAGUUUGAGGAAGACAAGCAGAAGAUUGCAAUUAUGCGCGCACAGAGGAAAUUCCGCCCUUACUGAAGGACUUGGCAGA